AUGUGUCGAGAUGAACAGAUGUUUACCUCAUACUACGAGUCGUUAUGUCGGCAACAACAACCGGAACAGGAAGCGGGACAACAGUGGAGUGCGGAGCCGGAGACCGAACCACAAGGGUCUGGACAGCAGACUAGUAAAGGCAGCGGAGGGUCCAAGAAAAGGCGAAAGUUUUCCCCUGUGGUGGAAAAAAGGAACUCGUCGGAUACAAACCCACUAUACGAGCAAGAAACAGUGGAUGAGCUACAAGAUCUACAAGAUCUAGAGGAUUUGGAAGGGUUGCGUAGAAAGGGUAUCAAGUACACCCCAUUCAAGCUGACCAAUGAGCUUCCAACUUGGAAGCCUGGUGAUUUUUUUAAGGAUCGAGAUUUCUCCUAUCAAGUCAUUCGCCAGUACGAGAUAAUGAUCAGACAGCUUGUACAUGUAUCAAAAAAUGAUGGCAAGAGACUUCGUGCCAUUUGUAAAGGCCAGACAUGCGAAUGGUAUGUGUAUACAAGGAAGAUCGAAACUCACAACAAUACCGAUUUUGUGGUAGUGAAUAUGCAGAGAGAUCAUGCUCACACGUGCUCGCAAGUGUUGGAUCAGAGAUGGCCCACGUCCAAGUGGCUAGCUGAGCGUUACAUGGAGAAAAUCAAAGCGAAUCCCCACAUUCCAUUGGCAGCUAUACGGCAGUGUGUGGAUGAGGAGUUCGGGCUGAAAGUUGGUAGGAUGAAGGCAUAUCGCGCAAGAGACAGUGCAUUAGAAGGUAUCUUUGGCAAGACGGGCCACCAAUACCGGAGACUGUUCGACUACAAAGCUGAAUUGGAACAGACACACCUCAAUUCGAGUGUGCAUAUACACUACGAGAACUUCAGGGAUCCUGAAGCUGUAGGCCCGAGAUUGUUGAGGUUUUAUUGUUGCCUCGAGCCUUUGAAAAAUUGUUGGAUGCAUUUUUACCGUCCAAUUAUCUUCUUGGAUGCCUGUUUCUUGAGAGGUAUGUACAAAGGCCAACUUAUGACGGCCAUGGGAAUUGACCCAAACAACGGUUGGUGGCCUAUUGCGUGGGCGGUGACUGAGGCUGAGAGCUAUGCUCAGUGGAAAUGGUUCCUCGGCUACCUAGCAGAGGACCUUCACAUACAUGAGAAUGCCCCAAGAUACGUCUUCAUGUCUGAUCAGCAAAAGGUACGAGUAAUGUGA